ACAAAGAUUUCCAGGCUGCAAUGGGAGGGCUUUACUUCUCCUUGAAGGAUGAAUAAAUAGGUAGCUUUUCUGACAACCUGGUCACACUCAAACUGAAGCAAAAACAAGCUCAAGGUUUUGCUCCACUACUGGCCUAUGACAUCCAGUGCUGGCAACAUGGAGAGGAUAGUCAUCUGUCUGAUGGUCAUCUUUUUGGGGACAGUGGCCCAUAAAUCAAGCUCCCAAGGGCAAGAUCGUUACAUGACUAGAAUGCGUCAACUUAUAGACAUUGUUGAUCAGUUGAAAAAUGACGUGAAUGAUUUGGACCCUGACUUUCUACCAGCUCCACAUGAUGUACAGAACGGCUGUGAGCUGUCAGCUCUUUCAUGUUUUCAGAAGGCCCAACUCAAGCCAGCAAAGGCAGAAGACAAUGGAAAAAGAAUCAAUUUAUUAAUUAAACAGCUGAGAAGGAAACCACCCAGCACAAAGUUAAAAAAACCACAGAAACACAGACCAACAUGCCCCUCAUGUGCUUCAUAUGAGAAAAAAAAGCCCAAAGAAUUCUUAGAAAGACUGAAAUCACUUCUCCAAAAGAUGAUUCAUGAACAUCUCCUUGAACAUCAGGAAUAAGAAGAUUCCUGUGGGUCUAACCUGAAGCUGGACACUAUACUACAUACUCUAACAC